CAGCCAUAAAUAAAUGGUUCAAUAAAAGACACGAUGUUUGAAAGAUUUAUUAUACAUUCGAUCAUGGUGUAUCUUAUCUCAAUGUUAUUAAUUAGUAGCAUCGCUAUGCCAGAAAUCUUCGCUUACGGAAGGUAUGAUCAAAUGCAGUUGAACACGACAAUUGAAGCUUUGGUACUGGGCAAUGGACCUGUGACGAAACUCGACGAAACAUCUGAUCAUUCGAGCUUUUUGAUUGAGUUUAUUAAUGGGAUGUCUAUCAAACUUCCGUGUGAUUUUGGUCGUCACUACUAUAAAAAAGUGAACACAUGUGUUUCAACGUCGAAAAUGGUGAUAAUUUACGAUCAUUGUCAGUUUUCAAAGCAGCCAAAUUGUUGGAAUUAUAUGCCCUUCUGCUUCCUCGAUAGCGAGAAUGAUAUUUAUGCCAAAGAUAAUUGCCUGCCCUAUUUCAAACGCAAUGAUGAACUCUGCAAGUGUGAACUCACAAAGCAAUAAAUUGAAUCACAA